AUGGAGGAUGGACUGGGAGAGGAGAUUGGUGUCAAGAAGAUGCUUCUACAGAGUAGGGAAGACAUGAAAAAGGUCUGGAUUGGCAAUGGGAAUGGAGAAAAAGAAUCAAAUUCAGGAGAUAUUCAUGAGCUAGAGUCAACCAGAUUUGAUAAUAAAUUGAAUGAGGAGAGAGAAAUCAAUGAUUCCGUCAAGUCUGAUAUGUUUACAUUUCACAACGGAGGUGUACAAAUUUUAUGCAAAUACCCUGAGAUUGUUCAGCAGUUUAAAAUGCAGUUGCUGAAAGGGAGGCAAACACUCUGUGAUCUCACAAAGACAAAGGGAAGCGGAAACACGGUGUCCAUCAAGAAUCUGAACUUCUGUCAAUCUCAGUUAUCCAACAACAGUGUCUCUUUUUUUCUGUAUAACUUGGACAGUUCGCAUGCCAGCUACUAUUCCUGCAAACUGUCAAUAUUCGAUCCUCCUCCUUUUCAAGAAGAGGUUUUUAGUGGUGAAUAUUUGCAUGUUUAUGAAUCACAGCUGUGUUGUCAACUGAAGUUUUGGUUACCUAUAGGAUGUUCGGCUUUUGUUGUUGUCUACAUUAUCGCAUGCACAUUUGUUUGUUGGCUUACAAAAAAGAAGUAUCGAUCCAGCGUGCACGACCCUAAUAGUGAAUAUAUGUUCAUGGCUGCAGUGAACAUGGCUAAAAAACCUAAACUCACAGGAAAGAAGGAGCCAGUUGUGCUGGAGAUAGUGUUUCAGAAGUCUGAGCUGGACUGA